AUGCCUGUCAAGUUAAUCUAUUCGGUAUCUAUUACUGAAAACAAAUUAGUUCAAUCAGCCCAGGUAGCAUCAACUUCAACACCUACCCUAGAAGCUUGCGAUUGGUCUAAUAAUGCGGCGUGGAUGACUCCGUCACUCUUUCAAACUACGCCAGGCGCUCCAGUAAUUCGGUGUUCAUCUACUGCUCCAGGGGGAGAGAUUGCAAGUAAUGAACAAGGUAGCAACACGGUUUCCCCUUCUAAAAAUAAAUUAGUCCAGCUUAUAUCCCAAAAACAAAAACUAAUAAGCCCUGCAUUUGGUAACCAUAUUUUGUGGCCAUCAGACUCUCCAAUAAAGAUAAAACAAAGGAACGCCUGCCACUUGCAGUGA